UAAAGGAAUCGUCGGUAUACUAAAAAACCUCCGCCGCAUUAUUUACACCACUGCUUCACCGUUGGCUUCUCUCUCACUCCCUCUCUCCGCCUGUGAUUUCAAUCGCCAGGUUCACCGCCGUUUUUAGUUGGUCACUUCAAGUUCUUCCUCGCUAUUAAGGUGUAUUCUUUUGUCAUAGAGACGAUAACCAUUCAGAUAAUGGCGGAGAGUAAACCAGUGAUCGGUCUUACAUGGGAACCAAAGCUGCCGGACUUAUCAUCCGUGACGAAGACAGGGCCUGGGUCAGGUAAUACGGCGAGAAGCCAUGGCGAAAGCAGUUUGCUUUGGAAGCCUGCUUCAGAACUCGUUGAUGGCUUUUGCCUGCCGCCUAAUGAUCCGAAGAAGUUGAACAGAAUGCUUAGGAAGCAAGUCCAGGACACUGCUGGAUCGAGCUGGUUUGAUAUGCCCGCUCCAACAAUGACGCCAGAGUUGAAAAGGGAUCUUCAGCUGCUGAAGAUGAGAUCUGUGGUGGAUCCAAAGAGGCACUACAAGAAGGGUGAUUCCAAUCUAAAGUCACUGCCCAAGUACUUCCAGGUCGGGACAGUGAUAGAACCAUCGGUAGAGUUCUACUCUACGAGACUGACAAAGAAAGAGAGGAAGUCAAGUAUCACUGAAGAACUACUCUCAGAUCCCACUGUUUCUCAAUACAGGAAGCGUAAGGUAAGGGAGAUUGAAGAGACGAAAAGACCUGUUCAUAGUAAGAAAUGGAAGGGAAAGGGAAAGCAAUCAAAGCAAACAAGGCGUUGAUUGAUUAGGGUAUGAGAUCUCAGUUUUGGGACACGUGUUUUCUUGCCAUGCAAGUAACCAAAUCCUUUGUUUGUAUUUAGCUUGUGGGCACUGUUCUGUUGUUCUGUCGAUUUCACUGAUAACAAUUGCGAAGAUUUUA